AAUCGUAGACUUUUUGCUGAAUUAAGAUAUUGUCAACAAUUGUGGGAAAUGUUUGAUAAAUACAGACAUUUAGUGAAUAGUUUGCAAACAAAUUGUGUUUGUAUUGAAAACAAUGAAUUGAAAACACAAUUCAAUGAAUUGGAUGUCAAAUACUUGAGACUAAAGUCAAAGAAGAUAACGAUAACAUCUGCGGAUCAAAUUGUUGACAAUCAUAAUAAAGACGAUAAUAAUAGUAACACAAGAGAUAAAUGGUAUAAAAAUAAUAUUAAUAAUACGGAAACUUUGGACACAUCGGCGGUUAGUGUAGUAAAUGAAGCCAUCAAAACAGGUAGAGGUAGACCAAAGAAGUCGAUGGUAUUAUCGUUAACAACAAAACGUAAUAAACUGUUGAAAUCAAAUCAACUAAAGAGUGUUUAUAGUUGUGAUUACAUCGGUUGUGACAAACAGUUCAGAUAUAUGUCUCUACUGAAGACACACAUACAGAUCAAACACAAUACUGCGGAGCGACUGUUCAAAUGUGAUAUCGACGGCUGUGACCAACGUUUCAAUCGAAAAGAGUACAUUAAACGACAUAAGACUAAUGUACACAACAAUGACCGGCCGUACGGGUGUGAGUGGCCGGGAUGUGGUCUACGGUUUAAGGAUAACACAAGAUUGAAGUUACACAAUAAGCGACACUCUGGUGGUUGUGAUGUCAAUAAAUCUAGUGAUGUUAGAAAAUGCCAUAAAUUGAAUCCGAUUACUACUGAAGAAUCUUUAGCUAAAAAGAAGAUAAUGCAUAAAAUAUAUAACAAAAAUCGUGGGAAAAAGUAUUGCUGUAAUUGGGAUGGAUGUGGCAAAUGGUUUCGCGAUAAUUACAAUUUAGUGAAACACCGUCGGGCCAAACAUACCGGUGAACGACCGUUCAAAUGUCAACUGUGCGACAAAACAUUUGUUAUUGAAAAUUAUGUAAAAGUUCAUCAGUUAGCUGUUCAUACAAACAACAACAACAGUGAUGGACAGUUGGAUACACAUAAGUGUCCAUACAAUGGCUGCGCUAAAGAGUAUAAAUCGGUUAAGUCAUUGAAUAUUCAUAUCAGUCAACGGCAUAUACUGUUGGCUACCAAACGGUUUCGAUGCGAUGUCGACGGUUGCGACAAAGGUUUUUACUACAAGAAUAGGAUGGAAUUACACAAACAGCGCGUCCACUACGAUCUGAGGCCCUACCCGUGCGAAUGGCCCGGUUGUGACAAACGAUUUAAGUCAUCAAAUGAAUUGCGUGUACAUCGCGAAAGACAUAGCGGUGUCCGGCAGUACCGGUGCGAUGUCGGCGAUUGUAAUAAGUCGUACACUACUCAUAAAUGUCUGCAACAGCAUAAAAGAUCGCACACCCGACCCUACCAGUGCUCGUGGCCGGCCUGUGAGUUCAGAUGCGGAUCCAGUGUUACACUUGAAUAUCAUAUGAACGGACAUCAGGGCAUCAAACCAUUUAAAUGUCAUUUUCAUGGAUGCGAUUGCAGUUACAGUAGUAGAGCAUCGCUGAGAGUUCAUUGUUUGCAAACAAAUUGUGUUUGUAUUGAAAACAAUGAAUUGAAAACACAAUUCAAUGAAUUAGAUGUUCAAUAUUUGACACUAAAGACAAUGAAGAUAACGACGAUAUCUGCGGAUCAAAUUGUUGACAAUCAUAAUAAUGACGAUAAUAAUAGUAACACAAGAGAUCAAUGCUAUAAUAAUAAUAUUAUUAAUAAGGAAAGUGUGGACAUAUCGGUGGUUAAUGAAAUGAAUAGACCGAUCAAAAGAGGUAGAGGUAGACCAAAGAAGUCGAUGGUAUUAUCGUUAACAACAAAACAGAAUAAACUGUUGAAAAAAUCUAAUCAUCUAAAGAGUGUUUAUAGUUGUGAUUAUACCGGUUGUGACAAACAGUUCAGAUAUAUGAGUCUACUGAAGACACACAUACAGAUCAAACACAAUACGGCGGAGGGACUGUUCAAAUGUGAUAUCAACGGCUGUGACCAACGUUUCUAUCGAAAAGAGUACAUUAAACGACAUAAGACUAAUGUACACAACGAUGACCGGCCUUACGGUUGUGAGUGGCCGGGAUGUGGCCUACGAUUUAAGGAUAACUCGAGAUUGAAGUUACACAAUAAACGACAUACUGCUGGUUGUGGUGCCAAUAAAUCUAGUGAUGAUAGAAAUUGUCAUAAAUUGAAUCCGAUUACUUCUGAAGAAUCUGUAGCUAAAAUGAAGAUAUAUAAGCAAAUAUAUAACAAAAAUCGUGUGAAAAAGUAUUGCUGUAAUUGGGAAGGUUGUGGCAAACGGAUCCGCGAUAAAGAUAUGCUUUUAGCACACAUACGGGUCAAACAUACCGGUGAACGACCGUUCAAAUGUCAAAUAUGCGACAAAACAUUUCCAAUGGAUAAGCAUUUAAAGUCACACCACUUAACAGUUCAUACCAACAACAGUGAUGGACAGUUAGCUACACACAAGUGUCCAUACGAUGGCUGCGCUAAAGAGUAUAAGUCGGUUAAGUCAUUGGAUAUUCAUAUCAGUCAACGGCACACACUGUUGGCUACCAAACGGUUUCGAUGCGAUGUCGACGGUUGCGACAAAUGUUUUUACGACAAGAAUCAGAUGAAAAAACACAAACAGCGCGUCCACUACGAUCUGAGGCCCUACCCGUGCGAAUGGCCCGGUUGUGACAAACGAUUUAAGUCGCCAACUGAGUUGAAAAUACAUCGCGAAAGACAUAGCGGUGUCCGGCAAUAUCGGUGCGAUGUCGGCGAUUGUAAUAAGACUUACGCUACUCGCAAAUGUCUGCAACAGCAUAAAAGGUCGCACACCCGACCCUACCAGUGCUCGUGGCCGUCCUGUGAGUUCAGAUGCGCAAACAAUAUCAAUCUUGAAGAUCAUAUGAACGGACAUCAGGGCAUCAAACCAUUUAAAUGUCAUUUUCAUGGAUGCGAUUGCAGUUACAGUAGUAGAGCAUCGCUUAGAGUUCAUUGGAUUGAAAUGAUGGCAAAUGUGGUGAUUAAGGAUGUGUUUGAAGAGUUGACUGAAGAAAAUCGGAGACUAUUGUCUGAAUUAAGAUAUUGUCAGCAAAUGUUGGAAAUGUUUGUUAAAUACAGACAUUUAAUGAAUAAUUUUCAAACAAAUUGUUUUUGUAUUGAAAACAAUACAAAUAAAAUCAAAUACAAUAAACUCGAAGAUCAGUACAUGAUAUUAAUGAAUGAUAAUAAAUGUGAUGAUAAUAGUUGUUAUAACAAUCAAAACAAUGGCAACAAAUCUAAUGAUAAUUAUACGGAAACUGUGGUAACAUUAGUGGAUAGUUUGAUGAAUAAUAAAUCUAUUGAAACAACAACAAGAAGAACGAAGAUAUUACCGAAGAAAAUGGUUUAUAAAUGUCAUUAUAUGGGUUGUGACAAACAGUUUGGUUACAAUAGUUUACUUCAGUCACACAUUAGGAUCAAACACUGUAUGGAUGAUAAACAGGACAUCAAAGUUAUUGAUAUUAAUGAAAACAACAACAACAUUAGGAUCAGACCCGACGGCCAAACACUUGAUGAAGAUAUAGUGAUAGUUAAUGAAAGUACAAACAAACGAUUGCCAAUACCUGUUCGUCGGAAAAGAGUUCGCUCGAAGAACUAUUGGUGUGAUUGGAUUGGAUGUGAUAAACGAUUUUGUUAUAGUUAUCUACUGUUAGCUCACAUACGGACCAAACAUACCGAUGAACGGCCGAUCAAAUGUGACGAAUGCGACAAAACAUUUCCAACCGAUUUCUGUCAAAGAGUUCACAAAAAGAAAUGUCACCGAAAUCUGAAAUUUAAAUGUCGUUACAAUGGCUGCGAUAAAGAAUAUAAAUCUCGCGCUUCACUCGAUGACCAUCAUCUGCGUCACGAAGGCUUAUUACAGAAGACAUUCAGAUGCGAUGUCGACGGUUGCGAUAAAUGUUUUUAUACUAAUUAUUUACUUCAAACACACAAACGUACGAUACAUUCGGUCGACAGGCCUAACCAGUGCGACACUUCAGUUGACUUAAGGAUCAAACACGACGGCCAAACACUAGAUGAAGAUAUAAUGACAGUAAAUGACAGUAAAGAAAGUGUGGUAAAAAUGAAACGAAUCCAUAAACCUGAUCGUCGGAGAAGAGUUCGCUCGAAGAACUAUUUGUGUGAUUGGAUGGGAUGUGAUAAACGAUUUUGCUAUAGUUAUGAACUCUUGGCCCACACUCGGACCAAACAUACCGGUGAACGACCCCUGAAGUGUCAAAUGUGUGACAAAAGAUUUGCAACGGAAAGGUGUGUAAAGAAACACCAGUCAAACGUUCAUUCAAUCAAAACGAGCAAAAAUAACGACAACAACAGUGACGGACAACAGUUGCCGCCGACACACAAGUGUCCGUACGAUGGCUGUACUAAAGAGUAUCAAUUGGUUCAGUCGUUGGGUUCUCAUAUUAGACAAGUGCACAAAAAAUCGUCGACCAAAUCGUUUCGAUGCGAUGCCGACGGUUGCGACAAAUAUUUUUACAAUAAAAUUCUUAUGGAAUCACAUAAACAGCGCAUACAUUACGAUGUGAGGCCCUACCCGUGCGAAUGGCCCGGUUGUGACAAACAAUUUAAGUCGACGGGCGAACUGAAAAUACAUCGCCAAAGACAUAGCGGUGUCCGACAGUAUCGGUGCGAUUAUGGCGAAUGCAAUAAGUCGUUCACAACGCAAAAAGGUCUGCUACAGCAUAAAAAUGGACACACCCUACCCUACCUGUGCUCGUGGCCGGCCUGCGAGUUCAGAUGCGCAUCCAAUGUUGUACUCAGCGAUCAUCUGAACGGACAUCAGGGCAUCAAACCAUUUAAAUGUCAUUUUCAUGGAUGCGAUUGCAGUUACAGUAGUAGAUCAUCACUUAGAGCUCAUUGGCGUCAAACACAUAAAUUUAUUAAAUCAUUUGAUUUUUUAAACUUAUUGAUUAAGGAUGUGUUGGAUGAAUUAAAUGAAGAAAAUCAGAGACUUUUUGAUGAACUAAGAUAUUGUCAGCAAUUGAUGGAAAUGUUUGAUAAAUACAGACAUUUAGUAAAUAGUUUGCAAACAAAUUGUGUUUGUAUUGAAAACAAUGAAUUGAAAACACAAUUCAAUGAAAUGGAUGUCAAAUACAUUGAACUCAAGACUAGAUAUACAACUGAUCACAGAAUGAAUGUCCAGAAACUUUCUGACGACAAAUCUAGUGAUCAAUUGAUAGACAGACCACGGAUUAAGAGACAGUAUAUUAAACGUAAAAUUAAGACAACAAGUGAUACAUUAGUGAAGUCACAGAUUAGGAAAAAAUAUAAUAAACAGAAAAAUUUGAAAACAAUUAAUCAGAAAAUAGACGACAACUGUUGUGAUGAUAGAGUGGGCGAUAAAAUCACAGAUAAACCAAUCAAUGAUAAUGACUGUGAUAUUGUGGUCAACAAAACAAGUAGUAGUAGUAGUAGUAGUAGUAGUCCUGUAAUGAAGUAUCGGUGCCAUUGGGAGGGAUGCGGCAAAUGUUUAUACGAUAGACAAAAACUGGUCGCACAUAUACGGGUCAAACAUACCGGCGAAAGGCCGUACAGGUGUGACAAAUGCGACAAAACAUAUCCAAUGAAAGGAAAUCUAACGGUUCACCAGAAAGAAUUGUCGACGACCAAACAACACAACUGUCCAUACGAUGGCUGUACUAAAGUCUAUUGUUUUCGUACAUCACUUAUAGAACAUAUCAAACGAUAUCAUAAAAAUCCGUUGAAUACAACAGUAAUAAACAAUAAAUUUAAAUGUGAUGUCGACGGCUGUGAUAAAAGUUUUUACUAUAAAAGUGUGUUUGAAAAUCAUAAAAAGUUUGUCCAUUUAGAUGUGCGGCCGUUUCCGUGUGAAUGGCCCGGUUGUGACAAACGAUUUAAGUCGACAACUGAUUUGAAAGCACAUCGCGAAAGACAUACAGGUGUCCGACAGUAUCGGUGCGAUGUCGGCGGCGAUGACUGUACAAAGUCGUACACUACGUAUAAAGGUUUGGCACAGCAUAAAAGGUCGCACACCCGACCCUACCAGUGCUCGUGGCCGGCCUGUCAGUUCAAAUGCAUAUCCAAUGCUACACUCAAUGAUCAUUUGAGACGACAUCAGGGCAUCAAACCAUUUAAAUGUCAUUUUCAUGGAUGCGAUUGCAGUUACAGUAGUAGAGCAUCACUUAGGGCUCAUUGGCAAGCAAAACAACUCUAUGGCAACAAACAACGAAUGCCUUAUCGAUAUCUUCUCCAACGAUUUCUUUGUGUUAAGUAUAAGUCCCUCUAA